UUUUUUAAAACUCUUUUAUUGCGAGUGUGUUUUAUUGCGCGGGGGGCCGAGCUAGAGACGCGGGCUGAGCUCCGAGCCACAGCACUGCUCCGGAUCACGGCUCGGGAGGUCCAGAGCGGAGAGGUGUGUUCACCCAUUAUGGACAGUAUGCUAAAGAAUCUCUCAAGAACUGAGUUUAUCAGCGUUUGUGUUCGGGAUCCAAGGCUCCAUAAAGAUGACCUCUGGCACACGCAUGUCGACUACGAGAUCUGUUUACACACCAAUAGCAUGUGUUUUCGAAAGAAGACUUCCGGUGUGAGGAGACGUUACAGUGAAUUUGUUUGGCUGCGUCAUUGUCUGGAACAGAACGCUCUGAUCAUUGAAUUACCAAAGUUGCCCCCCUGGAACCCGUUCUUCAGUCUGAGGAACACGGAACAGGUCUCACAGAGGAUGAAGGGCUUGGAAGAGUUCUUGGAAAGUGUUCUUCAAACACCGUUCUUGUUAUCAGACAGUCGGCUCCAUCUGUUCCUCCAGUCCGAACUCAGCAUCACAAAGAUCGCAAGGUGUGUUCUCGGUAAGACCAGGUACACGGUGGCCGAAGCCAUACAGCGUUGCAACAGAGAUUACAUGAGUAGAUUAGAGGACAAGGGCUCCUGCGACUCUGACUGCGAAAGCAGCUCUUCAUCGUCAGGUUUGGGACUAAGUGUGGACACUCAUGUGCGCAUUAGCCCGGUCCCCUUCUUCGAGUCCUGACAGAGACCCAGAGCUGUCAGUGUGGUGUGGGCUUCAUAAAUCAACUGAUGCACUGCAGUUGUACCUCCGCCUUGCUUUCUCUUUAGACGUGGAUCAUCAAUGUACUUGCCUGUUUGACACUUUCCUACUUUACUUCCUAAGAGGAAAAAAAACCUUUUGUUAACUCCAUUAUCCCCCUUAAACAUUUGUUUUAAUAAUUUGGUUUACUCUUAUCUUAAAACGGUACCAUAGUCAUUUGAGUGUGGUGGUGCAUUUGAAUGUUUUUGUGUAUCUGACAAAAAAUAUUUUCAUGUUUUUAAAAAAAUUGAACGUUUGUAAAUGGUAACUUCUUAAAUAUUUCCUAUGUAUAUAUUUUAUCAGCACUGAAGCUGCACUGUGACUAGCAAGGGGUGUUUUGAAUUGCUGACAGUUUUUUGAGAAUAAUUUUAUGAUCUGUUAUUGGAUGAAUAAACAUUUUGAAGAAAAACUUAGUUGCCCUUAUGCUAUUACUAAGUUUUAAUCACAAGCACAUGACUUUCCUUUUGCUCUCCCUUUAUGAUAUGCAACUUGAUGAAUUCAGUGUAACAGCCAUGCACUGUUCUAACAGCCCAGUAGAGGGAGUGAAGACAUCACAGGACCUUGAGCUCCUGAGAGUAUACAGAUGUUGGCUGUUGAUUCAGACAUUUUUUUGUGCAUGUUCAUGUGCUUAACUUGAAAAGCCGAGUCUCUUGUGUGCAUCUUAAAAAUUGCAAUUCCUGGGGUUCUGAAUCUAUCAAAUUCAUAGUCGAGCUCCACUGGAAGCUGAAUUUGCUUAAGACAAUUGUUUGUGGGGGGUUUUGGAAAUGUAUUAACUUUGUGAUUGGGGAAAAAACAUCAAGUGAUAAAAGAUUUCAAUCAGUUACAGUUGUUAAUUAUGCAAUUGACUUAUGCAGUACUCUGUUAUCACAAAUGUGCAAAUUGGCUUCAUUACCUGUUCAAUUUAAUGCAACAGCGCAACUAUGAAUUCUAUGUUUAUAAAGAUCAUAAUGUUCAAUUUUGAUUGAGUCAGAAGUAUUAAUUGAAAGUUUAUUAGUUUGGUUGUAGUUUACAGUGAUAUUAAACUUGAUAUG